GUGUCACGCGGUCUUUGGUGUUUGUAUUCUGCUUUAUGUUUUUCUGCUUCGCUGUUGUUGGUGUGACGCGAACUGGUGGGAUGCAGUGUGAUGAAAUAUAUUUACCUUCGUAGUGCCAGUGUAGUGUAAUGGUGAUCCUGGCUGCUUUGUGUGUAGGAGACUGCUUCAAGUUACUGAUGAGAAAUUGACUUGAUGAAUUGCAGUCAUUGCAGCGAAGCAACUUUGUGGGCUGUGAAGUGGAAUGAGGGCUGGAUGGCGUCAGUGCCCAACAAGACGUUGGUCGGUCUGGGCGUAUUGCGCGUGGUCAGAGACGGCGUCACAGGAAUCUCCUCAUCAGAUGCGCCUCUACUGUCACUGGCGCACUGUUGCGAACUUCAAGAAUGGAGACGGGGUUUGGCGGUGGCACGUGUCCUGGCGGCCGAUACGACCGGGAGGUCUGGGAAGUGUGCUAAGGAUAGCAGUCAUCCACCACCAAUGAAUGAUUCAGCAGAACAACACGUCUCCAUGACUGGCGGUAGUCAUCAGUAAGGACUACCAACUUACACGUUUAAAUUUCCCCACUGUAAAAUUUAAUCGUCAUCCUGGACACAAACGAAGAGAACAUGAGCUCCUCCAGUGGGGGUAGCAGUGGUACCACCAUCUCGCUGACAGAAGUCCCCACGAGCGCCACAACAAUCAUCACGAGGCCCCAAGAACCGCCUCCUCCAACACCAACAACUCACGACGGCCAACAGGAGAGGCAGGGCCACAGUGUCGAGGCCGGCGACACGAGUCCGCAGGUCGUGCAUCGAAAUCACCGGUCACCGCCAGACGAUGGAUCGCCGGUGAUCGGCAAGAGAAACAGCACCGUCAUGAUGAUCUCUAACGAGGUCAAGAAUGGCGGGAGAUCUGCGGGGAUCGACAACCCGGGGUUCGAAGAAGAGGAGCGGCCCGCGACGGUCGGUAACGGAGACGGCAUUUUUAUCUCCGUGACUUCUCCGUCUAACGGAAACGCCUCGUUCCUGAACUGCUCGGCCGUGGACACGACGAUGCUGACUGAGAGGAAGGACAAGGAAGUGGCCGAGGCCGUGAACCUGGAGCUGGUGAACAUGAAUCCGCUGGAGAACGCGGAGAAGAACGGCGGCAGCGGGAUUCCAGUGAAGACGGACGGCGAGCCGGCCGACUACAGCGACCCGUACGACGACUACUUCGUUCCGGUGAACGAGCACCGGAAGUACAUGAGCGGUCCCCAGGGGACCUUUGAGGACGAACCCCCACUGUCAACACGGCCUCCUCGAUCUAUAACGUUCGUCCUCCCCCGGAACGACAAGGGAGUGACAAGUUCUGGGGUCGAUCGAUCAGGACUCUCCGUGAGUCCGCCCCUGGAAGGGCUCGUCGAGUACCGCGAUUGGAUGCAGGUGGCAGUGAGGGGCGAGAAGCUUUAUGUAACCAAGGACAAGAGGCGAUCACAGUCAUGGAGACGAUGUAUCUGUUGGGGCAUCGGAUUUGUUCUACUCGCAGUAGCCAUUUUGAUAGCUGUAUUAGCAGGAACUGGAGUGAUCCUGUCUCAGGAGAGCCAGACGCUCGUCACUGAGAAGACUGAAACGAGUCGUCAGCUCGGUAGCAGCGGUAAUGACGGUCCACACGCGGGAGGCAGUUUAGACCGGGCUGGAGGCAGAAGUGAAAUGCCACCUCCAGAAGUAUCAUCUUUCACGCCUCCUCCGCCCUUACAACCCAGUGCCCCAAGUAUGCCAACCACCGACUUGUCUCAGCUGUAUGUUCCCAGAGUGCUGGAGGGUGAACUUGUGAUCGACAGCUUGGAAUUCAACCCGGGAUUGUCCGUGAGUGGGUCUGAGGAAUUCCGGGAGCUGUCAGCUUCUGUGGAGGAAGAAUUGAAGAAAGCUUUGUUUGACGCGCAGACCCUCAAGUAUGGCGCAGCAGACAUUUUCGUCAAAGUCGUCGGAUUUUCCCCUGGCAGCGUGGUGGUUAAGUUCCGCAUCGGCUGGGAGUUCAAGGAAGGCAUCAGGAAGGCGCCUGACCCAAUAGACAAGGAUGCAGUGCGACAGCGGUUGGAAAGGCAACUCAACUUGCACAGAGACUCGUUGGGCACGUACCACAUUCCGACGGGAUCCGUACGGGCCAGCCGUUUGCUUGACACAUGUCAGUUCAACAAUGGGGAGUGUUCACACGACUGUUCAUUCGACUAUCGCCAAAAGAUGACAUUUGUGUGCACGUGUCCCGCUGGACUGUAUCUAGAUUCAAGUGGCAGAAACUGUACUGAUACUGUUCCAGUGGAAAUGGAGGAAUCACCAACACACAGUCAUGAGCCUGCACCAGAACCUGUUCCUGAACCAUCGCCUGAACCAUCACCUGAACCAUCGCCUGAACCUGAACCAGCCACAGAAGCAGCUGAACCGGCCAAAACUUCUGCUGUCUCCACAACACCACCGAGCAGCUAUGAUAUGGGGCAUGAGAUUGGUCCACUGCCAGAGCAUACCACAUUUCAGUCACAUCAUUCAUCAUCAUGGCAUCCUAACUACAUGCCUGAAGUAGCUACAGAUUUACCAUCAUCUACUGAACACAACGUUAACCAUGGUUAUCAUGAACAUGGCCAUGAUCACGAUAUUGGUGAACAUGUUCCUGUGACGACUGUAAUGGGUACUUCAGAAUCAGAAAAUGUGUCUGUUUCGCAGGCUCCAGACAUUGUACCAGAGUAUGAAUUUGCACGAACAUCGUUACCUCAGUAUGAGAGAGAAAAUGACCUGCUCAAAUUUCAAAGUGCUGAAAGAAAUAGUACUGUAAUGCCAGAAAUUCCUCACAAGCAUUUUCAAGACGUUCCAGCAUCAGUUCAAGUGAUUUAUGAUGAUAUGACACAUCCAGAACACACCACGUACUCUCCUGUGGGUGAUCAUGAGCUUCAUGGUGAAGAACUUGGACCAACCCCAUCUCCUCACUUCCACAAAGAAACCCAGACUUUAGUAGUCAGCGUUGCUGAAGGCAACAGCAGUCAUGUGACUGAAAUUCCUCAUAAACUUUCUCCACAUGAACAUUUCAUGACUGAAUUUCCUGAUGAGCUGGUCACCAGACACACAAUUUAUAAGAGUGAUGUGACAGUGAGUUCCCAAAGUCCAGGGUCUCUCACACCACACGAUCAUAAUAUCAUCGAUUCUUCAACAGAUCAUUCCGGUAUGUUUUCGCCUUCUAAUGAAGUUCAUGAUGACACAGGUGGAAUUAUUACAACAGACAUGCCUGUGAUGUCAGACCACAAGGAACAUCAUACGGUAAUACCUUUUGGCGAGCACGCUGAAAAUGAGGCAGAUCCGACAGAUUAUCCUUUUGACAUGGAAAAGAAAGGAGGUGUUGCCCACAUUGCUUAUGAAAACAGGACCAAAGAACUGAAGAAUUCUACAAGCAAGAAGUUAGGUACUGAGGAACCAUCAGAAAAUAGUGCAGAAGAACCUCCAUUCAUAUAUCAUGAUAUCAAGAUGGAGAACGAGGCAGAAGCCAGUUCUUCCAAGUCUCCUGCAACAGAUGUCCCUGUCGGAAUUGUUCAAGUUAAUGAUGCAGAUCAUAAUGACUCACUGAGAGCUGGUCAUGCAGAUAUGUUGACUCCAAGCACGGAGAGUACUGUGGAAAUGAUGCAUGGUAGUCAUGAUGGAAUGGCUUCUAUUCCACUGACAGAAGUGCCAGACAGCAAGGAGCAUAGACAUGCAGGUUUAUUGUAUAAUGAUGUGUACUUCUCUGAUUUGGGGCACACAGAAAAUGACACACUCAAUGCCCUGUCGCCUGAAGAUUAUGAGAGGCGUCCUUUGCAGGCGGUCACGGUUGCUCCUAAACCAGCACAAAAUGCAACAGGUGUUCACAAUACAGAUCUGAAGAAGGGUCCACGACUUGAUGAUGAAAUGUUUCACGUGAAUUCAAAUGAGGAGCCUUAUCACACAGUUACCGGUGAUCCAACGGGUGAAAGUGUUCCGUUGGUUGUUCAUGAUUCUGAAUCAGUUGCUGUCUCAUCAGCAAUUCCCAUCACAGAGCGGUCUCCUGAACAGGUUGGCACUUCCGAAAAGGAACGUUUCCCAUCUGUAUUCAAUGACAAUUUACAUCCUAACUUUAUAUCUGCAACGGAAGUUCCUGAACAUGGGACUGAAACAUUUGAGGCUGCAAACAAGACAGAGGAUGAAUCUGUUGUAACUGGCAUUUUGCAUGGCAGAAAGGGAAACAUUACUGAAACUACAGCUGGGGAAACUACACUGAGACCUGACAAAAAUGAUUUGUCUCAGUUGAUGAAGGAGAGCAAUAAACAAGACCUGCCAGAUGACAUGUUGUCGGGCGCUGUGUCACAAGGCGCGUCUGAAGGCACGGUUAUAGUCACCACCACUGAAAUAUCCAUACCGGGCUUGAAAGAAAGUGUUGAUUUGUUUGGUACAGAAAUUCCUGAUAUGAAACCUGACCAGGUUACAACUGAUAGCACAAUUCAAGAUGUGGAAGUGACCACGCUGCUUGAGUCAGACUCAUUUAUGGCAUCCAAGAGCAACUUCACUUCAUCAAUCCUUGUACAUGAUUCCAGUAAUUCUAGUGAGAGCAACAUCAGUUCAUCUUCUGGGGAGAAUACGAUUGAGGAAGGUGAACUGUUGCAUCCGGGUUUAUUCACCACAACAACAGAGCAUGAAAUUUUUCACGCACUGACAGUGGCUCCUCUCCUAGAACAUCAUGACAAUGAAACUGGCCUCCCUAGAAACUUGUAUGAAGAUACAGGCACCAACACUGGUUUGAGAAACAAUGGAACAGUAGUGGACCUAGAGCAAUCAGUUGAGAUAACCACAAAAAUGGAAUCUGUGGACACAACAACUAGGGGUAUGUUUAACAAUGCAGAAAACAGCUCUGCAUCUCCAGCUGACAGUCUAACAACACAGUCAGUUGUCCACAUAUCGACAGCCGACAACUCAUCGACACUUCUGAGUGAGUCAAGCCCAGAAGCAAAUGAUAUAACCACUGCUCGUCCUCAUGAUGAAAAUUACAUCUUUUCAGCAGACACAAAUGGCAAGAAACAGAAGAUAGAAGCUGGCAUAACAGAAAUGCCAGAAAAUAAGAAACCAGAGAAUGAAGUACUGACAAUUACUGUACAGAAUUUGACACAAAGUAGAGAAAUGAACAUGUCAGCAGUGCCCAAAGAUUCGGCAACGACCACUGAUUCGACAGAUGAGACCGAGAAGGAUGAUGCGGUCAACAAUAUUACAAUGAGUGAGAAGACGAGUCCCCCCCUCCUCCAUGUGAGUUCAGGUGAGGCUGGGACCUCAUCCACUUCCCCAGACAUGCUGCUGCAUCACCAAGAAGUUACGAUGAACAAGACUGAAGAAAUGAUAAUUACUGCCAAUAGGACAACUGAGACACCAUUAGAAAGUGACAAUGAAGCUAAAGAUGCUGAUCUUCACCUGUUCAGUAAACUCGAAGAACACAUAAACACAGUGAGACCACUUCUUCAUAAUGUUUCAUCCACACAAAGUGAUCACAAAUCCAUUACAGAAUCCAUUGUCCUUGGCUCAGCUGGUAGCCUUGUGACUGGAGUCAUUGACCAUAGCAGCACUGCUUUUGAGAAGCCACACGAGUUUACUGACAUAGAAAACAAACUUCUGGUAGAGCCAAGUAAUGUUCCAGAUGUGAGUGUGUCAUCCACAACAGAGUAUGCAAAUGAGAUCCAUGCCUUGCCCCCAAGUGGUGGUGGGAAUAUCAUUCCACCAACCGCACAGAGUGCUGUUCCGCUUGAUUCAAUCUCAGGUGAAAUUCAGAGUCCAACACCAGUGGGCGAACUGAAGAAUGAAUCACUUACUGUGACCAUAAAUGAAGUCCCCUCUGCUGUUGAACACAACCAGAAUGAAGAGAACUCAACAACUACAAAGUUAGACAAAGACGAAUUGGCAGUUUCCAUCAGCAAACCAGAGUCAAAGAAGAAAGACUUGUUAAGUAGCUCCAUAAACAAGAAACCUCUGAAAUCCUUAGGUGAGACCAGCAGUUUGCAUGGGGAAAACGAUCAAUUUAUUCCCGACAAAUCAGCAAUUAAUCUGUAUGAAAAGAAACCGGUCGAAAAGUUACAGAAAUUUGAUAAAGACAGUAGCAAGAAAAUAGAUAGAAUGGGUUUUGCUGCUUUGGUAGUAGGGGAACACGUGUUUGAUGUGGCUGAGAAUGUGACUGUAACCACCCCUGGAACAGCUUCAUCUGCAAGAACAGCUGCUGUGACACUCGUAAGAGAAAACUCCACGACUGAAACUGAAGAUACAGGGUCAAGGCCCGUUGAUGAUGAAGAUGAAAAUGAGGAUCCGCUGACAGACAUACGAGGUGACAUUGAUCAUGUAAAUGUUGUUGAACCACACAAUGUGGUGACAAAGGAAAAGAAAUCAGAUCUAGGAGGAAGUAAUCGUUACAGAUUUGAAGGCGAGACGGCGACGAAUGAGAGCAUUACAGUGGCUGACUAUCAGCAAGUUUCGCCGAGAAAUGACAUUGUGGGCAAGACAGACAAUGCUACAUACAAAGUUAAAAAUCACACAGAAUCAUCUAUAGCUGUUGGCAUUGAACCUGCAAUUUCAAGGGGAGCAAACGAAACAUCACACGUGACAGAAACACCGCUGACACACACAGAACUGCCUUUCAUUGAGGGCCAUGCCCCUCAGAGUACCAGCAAUGUGUCUGAGUCUUCCAAUGUUACCGCCAGUGAGGCUGAAUUGUCAGCGACUGCGUUGCUGACUGAUGGGCCGUUGCUGAAUUCCGAUAACCAACGUGCCACUCAGAAAAUCUUGGAUGGAAAUGUAAAUGUUAAAGACGAUGUCGCCUUUGUUUUUACAAGUGAAAUUCCUUUUCCCCCAUCCAUGACUUCAGAAUCCAGCACGUUGACAUCGGACAGUGUGGGAAAUAGUUCUGUGAUGAAUCUUAGUCUUGGAAUUGUGGUAGCUAAACCUCAAGAAGUCGGUGAUCCUGACGCCCCCAGUACAGAACUCCCUUCAGAACUACCUACAAAUAUUACUGUUGAAACAUCAUCAAAAUCGCCAGGAAUCCAUGUUAGUACCGUGGUAACACUCAGUGAUUAUUUUGCCACAUUACACAGAGGCACAAGCACGUUAUUGGAAACUGGGUUUGCACCGAAUUCAACAAAAUAUUUUGAUGUAACAACAGUGAGAGAAGACAUGUCUCCAGUAGGACGUAAUGAUAGUGUGGUACGGUGGUGGUCAUCUGGAAAUGGGACGUCUCUUGGUGGAUUUGGAGUUGGGGAGACACCUGUGGUGUUCUCAAAAUGCGCAUCAGGUCAGUUCCAGUGUGUGAAUGGAACUUCACAUGAGGGGGCUUACUGUGUGAGUCAGGUGGCAAAGUGUGACUCGGUGAACGACUGUUCAGAUGGGUCAGAUGAGGUGGGCUGUGUGGAAGAGGGGUGCCCUGGCAACUUCCAGUGUUCCAGUGGCCAGUGCCUCAAGAGACACUUGGUAUGCAACGGUAUUGUCGACUGCAAUGAUGGCAGUGAUGAGGUGAACUGUGAGAGGUGGCAGUGCCAGUUUGACGAGUUCCAGUGCUCGUCGGGCCGCUGUAUCCCAUUCCUGUGGCACUGUGAUGGGAAACCAGAUUGUGACAACCACACUGACGAGUACAAUUGCAUGAGUUCAUGUGGGAAUGACGAGUACCUCUGCCCAGAGCGUUGGUGCAUACCGAUGACCUGGCGGUGCAAUGGGAUUGCUGAGUGUGCUAAUGGGGAGGAUGAGAAAUUGUGUGACUGUUCGCUGGACCAGUUCCAAUGCAACACCGGAGGCUGCGUUCCGAAGACGCAGGUGUGUGACGGUGUGGAGCACUGCCCAGAUAUGAGUGAUGAGUGGGGCUGUGUCCGUCUGCAUAAUGACACUAUGAAGUUGCAAAUAAGGGUUGCAGAGGGAACAUGGCACCCAGUUUGUGGAGACAACUGGAGCAGCAAGUGGAGUGAUCUCGCCUGCCAGAGUCUGGGGUACAGUAAAUCCACCUUCACUGACUACCCAGCAAUGAGUGGCAAUGUCGGUGAAUAUUAUACCCUGAAACCAGGAGCUGUGGCUCCGUCAGGCAGUGCAAGUUCUCGGCUGUCAUCGUCAUUGCAGAAAUCUGGCAGUGAUUCCACCUGCAUAUCCGGCUCCAUGGUUGAAGUAUUGUGCCAGGAAUUCACUUGUGGUAGCCAUGGCCUUGCUGACGGGGUGGCGGCUCGGUUAGUGGGUGGGGAUGGUGCUACCAAUAGACAGUGGCCGUCAGUGGCUCUGCUGUACCAUACGAGACACAGGUCAAGCUGCACUGCAAGCAUCAUCAGUCCCAAGUGGCUCCUGUCCUCAUACAACUGUCUCCACCUGAGGGAUAAGACACUGACACCUGAUAGCUGGGUGGCAUUCGGUGGAGGCUCCAUGUUUGAGACAGACAAACCAGAGACGCAGAUACGAGAGGUGCGGUCCAUCAUUCCGUACCCACAGGUGAAGUACAACCAGUUCCUGUACAACAAUGAUAUUGCCCUUAUUGAGCUGAGCCAGCCACUUAUCUUCACCCGCUCUGUGGGACCCAUUUGCCUGCCAGAGAAGGAAAUUGAGCCACGUCAGCUGUGCGUCACUGCUGGCUGGGGAUACACUUCUCCUGGAGAGAUCAACUUUAGCCAGUACCUGCAUUACUUGCCUCUACCAACUAUUGACCUCAGGGACUGCAACAGCACCAAGCACUACGCAGGAUUCAUCACCAAGGAUGAGAUCUGCGCUGGCUUUACAGAUGCAGAGAAGUCUCCUUGUUAUAACGACGAGGGAGCACCACUGAUGUGCGUCAGUGAGGGGGGUGUGUGGGAGCUACAGGGAGUGCUGAGCUAUCAUAGCAACUGCGGACAAGGCUACCAUCCAUCCAUAUUCAGUUCUAUCACUGCUGUAAGGGCCUGGGUCGAGAAGACUGUCGGCAGUCGUUUCGAGCGUAAAUCAACAUUUAACGUACGGCGAAGGAGGGAUUUAGAAAUGCUAUUUUUAAAUUAGGGGAAGGGAGAGUAGCAGCUCCUCCCCUGUAUUGGCAGAUAAUGAAAUGCCACCGGAUCAUUUUAAUAUUAGGAAGUCUGAUCAUACAUUUCUUUGGAAUAAAGGUCAUAUGCGCUUGGUAUUUACAUUUCAGUCAAUUAUGUUGUUAAACCUGUCUGUCUGUGAUUGUGCCAGAGUUGGUACUGUGCCAAAUGUAUUGUGUACUGUGGCAUCAGUAUUGUGAUGUUCACCAGCAAGCGACAUUAUGAAUGUGGCAAACUUCUUUGCUUGAAUAUAUCUGUUUCCUGUGUGACUGAACCAUGCAGCGUUGCUACAAAGAGCAACAUGAGGUUCUCACUUCAGGUAGGUCAGCAGCAUAUGUGGUAUUACAUGUUGGAAGUUUAUGAAUUCAAUUUUGGGGUUCAUGCUUACUAUUUUUUCAGUUAUUUGUUGUUGAGAAGUUUGAUAUUUGUUAUGACAGUUUUAUAUGACACGUGUAUUAAAUUGAAUGGAAAGUUAGAAUUUAAUUUUUCAUAUUCUGCCCAUAGGCUUUGAUGGAAGAUAUUUAUUCAUAUGAUGGAUUCUGAAACAGAAUUGUAGAGAAGAGAUGUUGAAAUUGGCACAAAGGAAGGAAGGAAAUUCAGUGUAAAGAGUAUUUGUUGUAGGAGUGUGUGUCAAAAGGAACUUGAUAAAGCUGCACCGAAGAAAUACAAUUUUAGAAUAGAAUUCAACGUAAGUACACAAAUUUACAUCCAAAUGUGUAAGUAAAUGUUGCCUCCAGAAGUCUGUAGUAUUAGACAAGGGAGUGUUACCUCUUUACAGUAAGGGUCUUCACAGAUACAGAAGUUUAUAAUCAUUCAGGUUUAAUUGAAGAUUCUCCCUAGAAUCUGCAAUAAUAAUUGCAUAGUGCCUAUCUUUGAAAUACUUUCCUGUGAUCAAGUGUAGCUUAUCCACGGGACACAAGUCCAUCUGCUUGUUUUAUAAAAUGUUCAUAAUGAAUUUUUGGCCAAUUAAGUUGGUAAUAUUUAAUAAUUAAAGUUAUUGUUUAAAUGGUAAUUUAUAUAAAAUUACCUUAAAUUAUACAGGCUUAUGAUGUUAUGCAAGUAAGCAUGAAGUGUAAUAAUUUCCUUAUUUACAUGUGAGGUGUGUACUGAAAAAUGGUGUGUGAAUGAAGAAGGCUGACCUUCCAGAUGAUGAAUUGUUUUAAGCAUUUUCUUUUGUUGUGUCUAAUAUUAUGUAAGCAUUUUAAGAUACAUCAUCUCUGUUAUGUAUAUCAGUGCCACAGUUGUCUGCCACAUUGCCUAUUACAGAUGAAUUAACCACAUUAAAGUUAGAAUUGAAAUGACAUGACUUCAUAUGCUUUAAACCAAAAGCAUGUGAAUGGAAAAAUUGUUGUAUGAUUAGGAAACUUAAUAAGGAAGUUGCAGAAGUGAUUAAGCUAUACUGUGCAUCCCAAAAGUUCUUAUAUAUCUUUGUGUGCAGAAAUGUUCAUAUUUGAGCUCAGGUGUGACAAGUGAGUUGGAUUCUAUGCCAAAUAAACACUGAAGUUUUUUUUUUUCCAAUAAACUCAUGAGUUAUCCAAAUUUCAUUUGUUGAUGAAUGCCUCUUGGGACAUUCUAGAUGACAAAUAGCAGCCAUUAUCCUGCACAAAAAUUGUUUAGCUACGUUAUAAUGUGCUUCCUAAUACUGAUAUUUUGACACAAAUGAUUUGUUUAAAUAUCUGAUUCCUAAUGAAACAGUGCUAUUUGCAGAGAAUGUAGCAGGAGUUAUCUGUUCAGCUGUUUCGAAGAGAGAGUUAAUGUAUAUAUGUGUUGAUGGCCGAGAACAGCCGAAGAACAAGCGCUAAUGGUUGGCACAAGAAGGUGGAUGAUAAAGUGAAUUAUGGUAUUUGCUCAGGCUUAUUAUAGUUCUUACUAGAAACUAGAAGACUUAUGUAAAUAUUGUAGAAAGAUCAUUGUAUCCUGUUGCCUUUUAACAUGUAUUGUUCGUGAUUUUAAACGCACUUUACUUAAUAUUAAAAAUUAAGUAACAGUUCUCCGUAGGCAGUUGUACUUACCAAGGGACACAGUGAAUUUGGAUUAUGCAUUGAAUGGACCAACAUUGAGCAUGGAAAGACCAAAAAUAUCAAACAAAAGUAUAAUGUCUGAGGGAUUCUGUCUUCGAAUGGUUGUGCCUAGUAGAGCUCGUCACUUGUCAUGUACAGGCAGACCCGCCUUCGUUUGUUUUGCAGACUUAAUGCCCUUUAACCUUGCUGCGAUAUUUGACUGAUGUCAAAAUGAAUAUCCAUUACCAUAUAGCGUGGCAUUUGACUUUAGUCCACAUCAAGAAAUUACCCUCUCUUGUUGCUGUGCCAUUUGAUUUCGUUCACUGAACUAUGAAAUUGUUUGCACAGUGCUGCCAUAUAGUCGGACAUAUUUGAAAUUGAAAAAAAAGAAACACUUUCAUAUUUUUUCCUCAGAAUUCUGAUAAUGGCUAAAACUACUUAAGCUUCAGUAGAUGACCUACCUUUCAGCAUUGCUGGAGUGUCACUGUCUGUUGAUGAGAUAUUUAGCCAGUCUUGAAAAGAAAUGUCAGAUUGUAUCAUCUGAAAUUAAGAGUUAAGUGGAAAAUUUAUAAUAUCAGAAAUGGGACUGAAGUUCUUGUUACCACAUUUUAGUCAUUUUAUUUUAACACAUUAACAUGCUUGACCUUUGCCACACUGUAGCAAGGUAAUAAGAAAAUCUGUGAUAGAAGUGUGUUGAGCAUCGGAGGAAUGAUGAUAUGUGGGAGGAAAAAGUGAUAUACCGUGAGAAAGAUUUGCUACUGUCCCACUUCUUCCAACAGAAGUCCGACAUGGACUGCCAUGGGAUUGAACCCACUUUCAUGUUGAUAAGGUGUCUCAAUUGCCUGAGCUACUCAAUGGCGUGUUGGUUGUUCAUUGCGUUUAAAUCAACUAUGUUUGUAGUUAUGAAAGAUUUACUGUGCUCAGAAGGAUAUGAAAGAUAAUGAACACAUAUGUCCUUUUUAUUUUCAAAAUGACACAUGUUAAAUGCCUGGCUUCCUUACACUUGUCACUACUCAGCCCUUUGUAGAGAGAAGUUAAGCGAUGAUCUUAACGGACUGACAGCCGUCAGUAAAUGCUACAUGCACCUGAUCCAUGUAGCGCCCUUCACCGUGCAGCUUUGUGUGCAUACUAAGUUGGUGUGACUGCUUGUGUGUGAAUGCAGAUGUCUUCAGUAAGACACUAGUCAGCUAGCCUGUCUUAAAUGCUGUUAUGAGGGAAAAAGUGGCAUGUGCUUAUGAAAUUGUUUAACAUAUUUGGCCUCGCAAGUCAGUUGUAAUGGUACUUGUAAGAUGUCCCAGAAGUUUGAUUUUGUUAGGAGUGUUAAUUUUUUAACCUUCAUCGGAUAUUGUCAAAGCUUACAUAUAGUACAGUUGACCGUGCAUUGCCGUUGCAUACUGCUAAACCAUGAAGACUGGAUUUAAAUCCCCUAUUCCUGUAGGAUAAAGGUUAAUUAGAAACAUUUCCUGCAGGUUGUAUGAUAUGAAUAGCAUAAUGCUGAUAAGUCUCCUUUUUGUGGGAAUGCUCAGUCCAUUUACUCUUGGAUGAAAUUUUACACCCAUAAAUAUAUGAUAGCUAGUGUUUCUUUGGGUCCUCUGAUAAAGUUUCCUAUACAAUUACCGUUAACAUUCCUUCAACACACUAACAUACAUUAAAGUGUAUAUUUUUAUGAUAAGCCAUUUUUCUGUUGCUUUAUCUGAUAGAUGCUGCUCCAUCUUUUAUUUUAGUUUCUUAAUAAGAUAAAUCCAUUCAUUUAAAUACUUUCCCCAGGAAGUUUCACAUUUUAGGUUUUAAGAUGACGUAUUUUUAUCUCUUAAUAAGUAGAACAGUUCUGAACCCGUGGCCCGCCAAUAUUUUACGUGGACUACGUAAAACUUUUAUAAUAUUGUGAAGAAAUUAAAAGUUGCGACAUAAACUAAAUAUUUAAGUGAAUUAAUAAAAGUAACAAAUCAACAAAUUUGUGAACCUGUUUUUGAGAGCAGGAUCUGAAUAUACUGCAGCUUCAGAUAUUUGGGGAAAUACUGAGUACAACAGUUGUACCACUGCUGUUAUCUUCCUUUCUCACAAGUGUAGAAUGCCUUAAAGCCUUGAGAACAGACUUUACUAUAUAAGUGCCUUUGUUUGUGUGUGAGUCCAGUUGAGUGUUGCAUUAUUAGAUUAGUGUGUAAAUAGAUUUUACAUACUCAUUUGGACAGAACUGAGAUGCGUGUCCAGCGAUAGAUUGUUAUAAAUCGAAUGUGUGUUGCAUUUUAUGCAAUAAUCUGUACAUUAUUCAUUACUGACACAACUAGUGCCAACAUGAUUACUGUUUUGACAGUAUGAACUGUGUAAAACAACGGCUCAUAAUCUAGACAUAAUUCCUGCAAAUAAUAAGAGGUGAAGGUUUUCAUAUUUUUUAAGAACUUGUUUAUCCAAAUGUUCUGGUGCAAUUUCCUUGUGUAUAUACAUCUCUGGGUUUCAUAUAUUUUGUAAAUGAACAUUAUUUGCCAUAACUCAGAAAUUUAAAAUCCUGUACAUACAAUAUUGUGAACCAUAUAUUUUUAAUAAAUAUUAAUGCCAUUAUGUAACUAA